AUGGCGGAUGUCAAUGCAACAGACCAUGCGGUGAAUAGCAGACAAACAUUGUCCCCAAGCAAUACUCGAGAGUCUGCUCUUUCUCGCGAACUUUCUCGCCAAACAACAAACCCUGAAUAUGGUGAUCUCGGCCCAGAUCCGGAUGAAGAUGGUUUGAGCGAAAAGACCACCAGAGACGCUUCAGGGUCUCGAGCUUCAGGGCGCGACAUCAACCUGACGCGGACCAUCACUAGACGGGAGACCAUUUUGUCGAGGAUUCGAACGAGAGCACCGAUUGGAAAUUUCAGCCACCCGUUAGAACAUCAGAAAACGACUGUCGAGGAUUUGGUUGAUUUCGAUGGCGAAGACGACCCCUACAGACCAGUCAACUGGGCACUGAAGAAAAAGAUCGUCACUACGGCUCUUUACGGUUUCACCACCAUGACAGCGACCUGGUCCAGUGCUGCGUACAGUCCCGGAACGAGGCAAGUGGCCGAUGAGUAUCAGGUUGGGACACAAACCGCUACACUGGGUACGACCUUGUUUCUCCUCGCUUUCGGCAUUGGCCCUUUAUUAUGGGCGCCACUGUCCGAGGUCUAUGGAAGAAAGCAUGCUGUCCUGCCGCCCAUGUUCGUCGCGGCAUGCUUUGCAUUUGCUACCGCAACCGCGAAGGAUCUUCAGACCAUCAUGAUCACCCGGUUCUUCUGCGGCUUCUUCGCCUCGGCCCCGGUUACGAAUACGGGAGGCGUUUUGAGCGACCUGUUCCCUCCCUCUCAACGGGGUAUUGCUAUUGCAUCGUAUGCUAUGGCUGUCGUCAUAGGACCAGUCUUUGGGCCAAUCGUUGGUGCUGCUUUUGUCGUUCAGCCAAGCCUCGGUUGGCGAUGGUCUGAGUAUCUGACAGGCAUAAUGAUGCUUACUAUCUUGGUGAUUGACAUGAUCUUCUUGGAUGAAUCGUACCCGCCACGUCUACUUGUCUACAAGGCCCGCCGGCUGCGCCACCAGAGCGGAAAUUGGGCUUUGCAUGCCAAAUUCGAAGAAUGGGAUGUAUCAAUCAAAGAGCUGGCGACAAAGUUCUUGGUCCGACCUUUUCAGCUUCUUAUGACGCCUAUUUGUGCGCUUGUUGCGCUAUAUGCAAGUUUCUGCUAUGGCAUCUUGUACAUGCAGCUCGGCGCCAUUCCGAUUAUCUUCGCAGAACACCGAAAGUGGAAAGAACUUCCUUCAGAGUUACCGUUCUUGGGCAUUCUCGUUGGCGCAUUCACUGGUGCCGGCAUCAAUGUCUAUAAUCAGCUGGUUUACAAUCGUAAAUCGGGGGGUAAGACUUGCCCAGAACUACGUCUGCCGCCGAUGAUGCUUGGCUCUUUUCUUUUCAGCGCCGGCAUGUUUGUGACAGGCUGGACUGCAGAUCCAAAAUAUCACUGGAUCGCUCCGACUAUCGGCUUGUAUUUGACCGGUGUCGGCUUUUUUACCAUUUUCCAGGCUGCGCUCAACUACCUCGUGGAUACUUUUCAACGAUAUGCUGCUAGUGCAGUAGGAGCGAACACUUUCUUGCGGUCAUGCUUUGCAGCAGCGUAA